UCGCGGACGCUGUUGGUACGCGCCGCACUCCCCUGCUCGCUGCAGUGGUUUGGCCGCGGCGACCCUCUCCGGCGGUGCGUCCCCCGCGCUUGGUACAGCCCAGCCUGUCUCCCCCCGAAGCCGCGCGCCCGCGUCACUCAGUCGGUGGAGCCCCCAGCUCGCUCGGUCCGCGCCAGCCAUGGUCCGUCCGCGCCGUGCCCCGCACCGCUCCGGCGCUGGGGGCCCCCUCGGGGGUCGCGGCCGCCCCCUGCGGCACCUCAUGGUGCGCGCCGCCCGCUCGCGCUCCUGGCCGGCCAGCCCCCGGGGCCCGCAGCCGCCGCGGAUCCGGGCUCGCUCGGCCCCUCCCAUGCAAGGUGCUCGGGUCUUCGGGGCCCUGGGUCCCAUCGGGCCCUCCUCGCCCGGGCUCGCCCUCGGGGGCCUGGCCGUAGGUGAGCACCGGCUCAGCAACAAGCUGCUGGCCUGGAGCGGCGUCCUCGAGUGGCAGGAGAAGCGCAGGCCCUACUCGGACUCCACGGCGAAGCUGAAGCGGGCCCUCCCCUGCCAGGCCUACGUGAACCAGGGCGAGAACCUGGAGACCGACCAGUGGCCACAGAAGCUGAUCAUGCAGCUGAUCCCGCAGCAGCUGCUGACCACCCUGGGCCCCCUGUUCCGCAACUCCCAGCUGGCGCAGUUCCACUUCACCAACAGAGACUGCGACUCUCUCAAGGGGCUCUGCCGCGUCAUGGGCAACGGCUUUGCAGGCUGCAUGCUCUUCCCCCACAUCUCCCCCUGCGAGGUGCGCGUGCUCAUGCUCCUGUACUCGUCCAAGAAGAAGAUCUUCAUGGGCCUCAUCCCCUACGACCAGAGCGGCUUCGUCAACGCCAUCCGGCAGGUCAUCACCACCCGCAAACAGGCAGUGGGACCCGGUGGUGUCGCGGGCCCCGUCCAGAUGGUUAACAACAAGUUCCUGGCAUGGAGUGGAGUCAUGGAGUGGCAGGAGCCCAGGCCUGAGCCUAACAGUCGGUCGAAGAGGUGGCUGCCGUCGCACAUCUACGUGAACCAAGGGGAGAUCCUGAGGACCGAGCAGUGGCCGCGGAAGCUGUACAUGCAGCUCAUCCCGCAGCAGCUGCUGACCACCCUGGUGCCGCUCUUCCGGAACUCCCGCCUGGUGCAGUUCCACUUCACCAAGGACCUGGAGACGCUGAAGAGCCUGUGCCGGAUCAUGGACAACGGCUUUAGAAGAAGAUCUUCAUCGGCCUCAUCCCCCACGACCAGAGCAACUUCGUCAACGGCAUCCGGCGCGUCAUUGCCAACCAGCAGCAGGUCCUACAGCGGAACCUGGAGCAGGAGCAGCAGCAGCGAGGGAUGGGGGGGUAGUGGCCACCCCCCCGGGCUGGGCCUCUCCGGGAGCCACAGACGAGGCCCCCGCCGAGACUGGUGAGUGGCAGCUGGGCCAAGGACAGGAUGGACCCUGGGAAUUGCCUGGGGUUCGGGAAGUGGUGUGACCCUGGCCUUGAGAAGACCAGAGCAGAGAGAGAGAGAGAGGCACGCGCGUCCCCCACGGUCCCAGGCCUCCUGGGAAACGCCAGCCCCGCUCCCCACCAGGCGGCGACAGGAGCAGGGGUUUCCAGCCAGGGGCAGGGAGGGCAGGGAGAGGCUCUUCUCGUCCCCGGGGCCCUGGAGCCUCACCUGCCCAGUCCCUCCCACUAUGCCCCCUGC